UAUGGAAAAUAUUGUUUUAAUUUUCAGAUGAAUGUAUGAACAAGUAUGGAAAUGCAAACGUAUGGAAAGAAUGUUGCAAAGUUUUUGAUUUAUUGUCUGUUGCAGCGUUAAUAGACGAAGAAGUAUUUUGUGUACAUGGUGGUUUAUCUCCUGAUAUUUCUACAUUAGAUCAAAUCAKAGUAAUAGAACGCAAUCAAGAAAUUCCAUAUAAAGGAGCAUUUUGCGACUUAGUAUGGUCUGAUCCAGAAGACAUUGAUAAAUGGUCAAUUAGCCCACGUGGAGCAGGCUGGUUAUUUGGAUCUAAAGUCACUGAAGAAUUUAUGGAAAAAAAUCAAUUGGAGCUAAUUUGUAGAGCACAUCAAUUGGUUAAUGAAGGGUAUAAAUACAUGUUUAAUGAUAAACUUGUAACUGUAUGGUCAGCACCUAACUAUUGUUAUCGAUGUGGUAAUGUUGCAUCAAUAAUGGAAUUUACUACUGUUCAUGACCGCAAGCCAAUAUUGUUUAAUGCCGUUCCUGACGAACAACGAGUUAUUCCAGAUAAGGCUGCAACCCCUUACUUUUUGUGAUAAGUAAAGCUAAUAGGGAUUAUACAUUUUAAAGUUUGUUUAGAAAUUGAAAACUGAUUGUGUUUAUAUAAUUUAUUUUUAUUGAAAAUCAGCAAACAUUAUUUGCCUAAUUGUCGAUAUAUACAAUUAUUAUUCAUAAACUCAUUAAAAUUAAUUAUUUUUAAAUAUUGUGUUUCGUUGAUUUUAAUGAUCACUAAAAUAUUACCUUUUACCCAUCCAAUUUAUUUAUUCCAUAUUAUUAUAUUUUUAAAAUUAUGAGUAUAACUUACUAGUAUGUUGCAUGACACUCAUUUAGAGCACAGCUUCCUGGAUUAUUGGUAUUAUAAAAUAAUGUUAAGGUGAUAAUAUUAAAAAAAAAUUAUAUAAUAGAUAUUUUUGAAAAUU